GCGGGGAGGGGUUAGACACUGAAAGAAAAGUUUGUUUGGGUGCCUCAAAAGCAAUGGGCGAAGUAUGUAAAGACUCGCCUGCCUUAGGGAAAAUAAUGCGAAGAGACUAUGGUAAUGAAAAAGAUGUAUAACAUGAAUUAGUCUGCUCGUCGGAAGAGUGUUUACAGACAUUGUUGCACGUUAACAGUGACAGCUACUCGGAUCCAUCUAAUCCCAUUUAACUAUGGCAGAUAGAAAUCAGACAGUUGUGUACUUGUCUGAGCAGGUGGUCGUUUUGUGUUCAUGCGGGCUGUCGUUUCUGGGUUCCUCGCUGAUCAUCUUCACCUACAUUAUUUGGUCAGAUUUGAGGACAACUCCGAGGAGACUGCUGGUCUAUCUGUCGGUCUCUGACUGGCUGUCCGCCGUCUCCUACGCUUUCGGAGUCUGGAGAGUUUUCCACACCGACUCGUUGGACUGCAUCGCUCAAGGAGCCAUAUCUACUUUCGCCAACACCAGCUCUUUUUUCUGGACCGUGGCCAUUGCUGUUUACCUGUAUGUUUUUAUUGUAAGGUCCAGCCAGAGAGUUGCAGACAGCUUGGUGUUAUUUUUCCACCUUGUCAGCUGGGGCGUUCCUCUGGCCAUCACUGUUGCAGCUGUGAGCCUGAACAAGAUUGGCUACGAUGCGUCCGAGGUGUCGGUGGGCUGGUGCUGGGUCAGGAUCCACGCUCCUGACCGGGUCCUGUGGAUGCUGCUGACAGGAAAGAUCUGGGAGUUCUUGGCUUACCUCACCCUGCCUGUCCUUUAUAUCCUGAUCAAGAGACACAUCCACACAGCGCAUGCUGCCCUCUCUGAGUACCGUCCCAUCUUGGCCAACAAUCCUCCGUCACACUCCUUCUCCUCCAUGGCAGAUAUGAAGCUAACGCUUAUUCCCAUCAUUUUCAUUAUCCUGCGAAUUUGGAGCACUGUGCGCUUCAUAAUGCUGCUAGCCGGCUCUUCAGCCAGACAGAACCCAGUGCUGGUCACUCUACAUGGAAUUGGCAACACCUCACAGGGAGCAGCCAACUGCAUCAUGUUUGUAUUGCUUACUCGGCCAAUCCGCACACGCCUCUGCGCCGCGCUCUGCUGCUGCUCCAAGAGUCGAGCGAACAUGCAGCACUCACAUGACGCCCCUAACAGGCUGCUGCCGGGACAGGACACCUCUACACACAGAGAAGAAGACAACAGCAGUCGAGCCGGGACAUUCUGUGGAUAAGAAGAUAACAAAGGUUAACAUGAAGGGCGUGGUGGAGGUAUCUGCUUCGCAUUGAGCCUCAUAACAGCACGUGCCUCCUGACAGAGGUUGGAGAUUCUGCAGAUGCAUGCACAUCUGUGUCACUGCAAAAAUCACACAUGUCUGCACUUUGGGUGAUGAGGAUGCUGCUGUAUGGUUAUGCACCAGCCUUUGGUAAAGCAUUUUGAGUGUUGCAUACUGAACAUG